AUGGAAGUCAACGGGAGGGUUCUUCGGAAGCUGAUCAACGACAACUACGCCCACAUAGUCUCAUCGACCGGCGGCAAUAAGGGAAAUGACUUUCGUAUCCUGUCCGACACGGUCAAGGCAAUUGCGAGCUCACCUCAAACCGCCAAAGAGAAGUUCGCCGAUGCCAUCACCCCCGAUACGCAAGAGUCUUUGAAGGUAUUCAAAGACUUCGAUCUGGCUGCGUUUCUGAACAGUAUGGGGCUCGAUGCGCUUCUGCGAGCCGUACUGGCUCUUGGCUUCAAGGAGCAUCCGAAAGAAGAUCUGCGCAGUAAAGGUCUUGAUGUGCUCCGCCGGGCUUUUCCUUCUAUGCUCGAGAUCCUUGCCAACCCAAACAAGCAUCCCGAGAUGACACCGGAAGGAAUCGCCUAUUUCCUUCGUGAACUCCUGACACCCCCCACACCAACCUUUUUGGACGAGUCGGAGAUCUUGAAGCUGUCUUACGCUGCGCGGUCCCGCUACAAACACACAUCCCUCCCGCCGCAAAUCAUCAACGUGACUGAGCCGCUCGAACACAUGCGCCAACAGGAAUCGCUGGCCAAUACACUACAGCAAUAUGGAGCUGACCGAGUGAAGCUCCCUGACCAUUUCCGAGAGGUUCUGCGGCGGAAAUGGAAUGGCUCGUUCACGGAAGCGGAAAUGGCGGACGUCUUGACGUUCAUGGCAACUGCACCAAAUGCGUCCGAGUGGCGCUCGGAAAACUUCGUGCAAGCAUUGGAGAUGGAAGGCAACCUUGCGCAGAACUUUGAUUGGGCAGAUGUCAUCGAGCAUCUAGAUCGUGAAGAUUUCGUUAUCGAGAGUCCGGCGGGCCUGUAUGUGAUCACUAAUGCUGUUCGUCAAGGUACACAGACUCCCGAUUUCCCUCUGGAUAAGCUCUGGGGCGGACGCUGGAAGUACGCGAGGUCUCAAUGGAGUGUUUUGAGGGCGUACAUCAAAGCCGAUGAGCUGGAUAUCACCAAAGAGCUUGGAAUCCGGAAGAUCUUUUCAUCGGAGGAUUUCGCAACUGCAACCAGCGCCCUGAAGCUGAUGGUGGCUACCUUUGAAACGCACAAGCUGAUCUCGUAUCAUGCUGUCGACGCACUGCUACAUUUGUCGUUGGAAGAGGAUGUUCCCGUGGACGUUCGCACUGGAGCGCAGCAGGAACUAGACAGAGCUGCCAAGUUCACGCCGGAACUGAUCCUUUGCGGCGCCCUCAUGUCGCCCCAGCCUUGGUCACCAAGUCUCGAAAACAUCAUCGAGAGCUUAUUUGAGAUUUUCUUCGAAGGACACCCUAGCCACCAGAUGAUCUUUUGGCGGCUAUGGCAGGUGGACAAGGUGUUGGUCGCACAGCGCUUUGUAGAUGCCUUCAUGCGCAAUCCUCUGACCAUAACACGAAUAUUGGAUAUUGCACAGGAGCUUCGCUGUCUGAACGAUAUGCUGGAGGUUCGCAAUGCUAUGUUCGUUCUCGACAUCGCUUCCUUAGCCGCUCGAAGGGAGUAUCUCAACCUGGAGAAAUGGAUUCAGGAGAUGAUUGGCAAAUACGGCGCCGAAUUCUGGGGGGAAUGUUACCGGUUCUUGAAACUGAAGGCGGAUGCAGAAUACUUAGCUUCCAGGGAGGGUGGCAAGGCGACUAUGGUCAGCUUGAGAGUAGGGCCUGUGCACUCGUUUCUCACGGUUCUGGAUAGCAGCCAUCCUCCAAUGCACCAAGAGCUCCAGGAGCAAGUUACUCAGACGCAGCGAGCGUGUAUUCAGGCAUAUCCUCGGCUCAUCAACAUGGGAACGGGGUUCGAUCCUAUCAUCUUGAACAACAACGGCGAAGGCAAUAGUUUUUCCUCGGCCAUUGACAAGGACAUGCAACAGAAUUACAAAGCCCUGUACGCCCAAGAAACAGAGAUCCGAGAGCUCGUCAAUUACAUGCAGCGGCUUAAGGAAUCGACUGUUCCCCGCGAUCAAGAUUUGUUUGCCUGCAUGAUCCACGGACUUUUUGACGAAUACGAUUGCUAUCCAAACUAUCCUAUCCAUGCACUAGCCACGACAUCGGUGCUUUUUGGGAGCAUCAUUCGCUACAAGGUCAUAGACGGGAUUCCUCUCCGGGUUGCGCUGGCUAUGGUCUACCAAGCCGUCCGAGAUCAUGAGCCAUUGAGCAGCAUGUACAAAUUCGGCCUACAGGCACUGGUUCAAUUUCAGGAACGACUGCGGGAAUGGCGAUCAUACUGUAUGCUUUUGUCCCAAGUACCUGGUCUUCAAGGUACCGAUGUUUGGAAUGUUGUACAAGAAGUGAUCAGCGGGGGUGGGGGCGGUGCGGAGAGGCAGAUUGAGCUUGUUAUCCAGCCAAUUCAGCAACAAUCGCAAUCAGGGACAGCCAAUGGAGACUUGGACAGGGAGCGAGAUAGAGAUAACGAGAUCCCGGAAUUGCCCAAUGGAAAUAUCCUCUCACCAUCUCCCGAAUUGAAGCCGCCAUUUCGAUCCUUACACGCAGACCCCCCUUCGGAUGGUGCAUUCGAGGACCCCGAAGAAGAUGUCCAAGACAAGGUCCUUUUCAUCGUCAACAACGUUUCCAAGUCGAACCUAGACAGCAAACUCAGGGAACUUCGGGAGUGGCUGGAGGAGCCUCACCACCAAUGGUUCGCUGAUUACCUCGUCGUGAAACGCGCCAAGUUGGAACCUAACUACCACGGCCUCUAUCUGGAUCUUCUUGAGAAUUUUGGGCACAGGGGACUGAUCAAUGAGGUGCUUCGCGAGACCUUUGUCAACGUCAUCAAGCUUCUGAACACGGAAUCGACAAUGACCAACGGCACAGAGAGGAACCAUCUUAAGAAUUUGGGCGCCUGGUUAGGUGGCUUGACCCUUGCCAAAGAUAAACCGAUCAAGUUCAAGAAUAUAUCGUUCAAGGAUCUCGUCCUCGAGGGGUGGGAAACCGACCGGCUCGUUGUUGUUCUACCUUUCGUUUGCAAGGUCCUGGAACAGGCAACCAAGUCGACCGCUUUUCUCCCGCCAAAUCCCUGGCUGAUGGCAAUCCUACGGCUCUUGAAGGAGUUGUACGAAAGCGUUGCCCUCAAGCUGAAUUUGAAGUUCGAGAUCGAGGUCCUCUGCAAGAACUUGGGACUGGACGUAAAGGAGAUAGAGGCAGCUACGGACAUCGCGGAGGUGAAGCAACGGCAGGAACUUCGGGAAGUGGAGGCGGAAGAGGCUGCACUUGCUCAGCUGGACACCCUUUCAUUGCAACAACAGGACUACACUUCCAGUUCAAACCAAAUACCGCCUUCGUUCACUGAAAACAUUUCAAUCAACUCGAUCAUCAGGGAUCCCACGGUGAAGCGGAUCAUCAUCACUGCCAUCGAACGGACGGCACAUGAGAUACUCGGUCCAGUCGUCGAGAGAUCCGUUACUAUCGCCACCAUUGCAACGUCUCAGCUCAUCCAGAAAGAUUUUGCCACCGAACCGGAUGAGAACAAGAUGCGAAACGCCGCCGUCGGGAUGGCACAACGUCUUGCUGGCCAUCUCGCGCUGGUAACCUGUAAGGAACCGAUGCGAUUGAGCAUGGUGAACAACAUCCGCAAUGGGCUUAUUCAGAGUGGGUAUAACGAGGCUGCCGUGUCAGAACAAGCCAUCACCAUGAUCGUCAAUGACAAUUUGGAGUAUGUCUGCCAAACUGUCGAGCGAGCAGCUGAACGGGGGGCUGUGCCCCAGGUCGAUGAGAGCCUACGUACGUCAUACCAGAUGAGGAAACGACACCGGGAGUCACGGACUGCGCAGCCGUUCGUGUCGCCUGAUGUUUCGAGAUACGCCUUGCAACUACCGGAUGUAUUUCGUUUGAAGCCUGGGGGUCUCACUGCACAGCAACUGGCCGUCUACGACGAUUUUGCUCGGCCAAGCCCCGUUACUACUGCCGAACCGCCCAAGGGACAGACACUCGACGGCUACGACUAUCUCCCCCAGAAUUUCCAGCAAGGGACACCCGGUAUCGCGGAUACCCCUUCUGUCGAGCACCAACGCCCUAUCGAGCCCCCGGCACCGGCAUCGCCGCCGCAAUCCGCCUUCGAACGGGGUCACUACCAGGAGAAGGUUGUCAUCGCAAUCAGCGAGAUGCGGCAUAUUGGGGAGGAGUGCGAAGCGCACAACCUACAGGAGCUUCAUGCCGAUCAUCAGAUUUUCCAGUACAUUGAGAGCAUCCUGCACAAUAUCGGAAGCAUUCCUAAUGCCACCAAGCUCAAGGAUUCUGUCUGUACUAACGCUGCUUCCCAUCUAUGCAGCCUGGUCUAUGCGGAUAACCAAUCACUGCUGGUGGUUGAGUCUUUGGUGCUGUUGCUCCGGAAACUAUGCGAGCUGUCCCCAAAUACCGCCAAAGAGGUCGUCAUGUGGCUUGCUCGGGACAAGGAGGACGGAGUCAACGAGCGCAUACUUAAUGUCAGGGCGACGGCUGUGCUUCUUCGGUCUUCUCUUUUGACGGUACCUCACCUAGACAUGACGCUGUCCAAGUUGAUCAUCGCCCGGAAGCCUAUUGCGCUCGAGUUCCUGUCAAGCCUUCUCAAAGAGGUUCAACAGGGUGACUCCCCCUUACUCUAUAGGACUGAUUUCGCUACCUCUUUCGAUGCCGUUGGCGAUUGGAUCAAGGAAGAUCCGGCAAACCCCACCGCUACGGCGCUUUUCAAGGACCUUCAAGAUUCGGACGAUGAAGAUGAGGAACGCAACCUCCGGGACCAAAUGGAAUACAUCUUUGUUGAAUGGGUUCGGCUUUACGAGCAACUUACAACCAACGAUAAACAUUAUUCGGCAUUCGUCAUUCAACUGCAUCAAGCGAAGUAUCUUGAAGACCCACCGAAGUCUAUUGAGUUCUUUCGCACUUGCAUCGAGUAUUGCAUAUCCGAAUACGAGAACCAGAACCAAAAUGGAGCGAGCAUCGCGACAAACUGCUACAUCCCAAUCGAUGCGCUUGCGAAGAUGGUGAUGUUGCUUGUCCGUUACCAGGUAGAUGAUGGGGACUCGCAAGAGCAGCUCGACAAGGUUCAAUACUUUGAGGGUUUACUUGCGAACGUCGUCAUAGUUUUCAAUCACCACUACGAGACUCGCAGUGACGGUCUAUGCGGCAAGGUGUUCUUCAGAUUUUUCUCGACCCUACUUUUCGAGUUUCGACAAAUCGAGCAUCAGAUGGACGAGUAUGCGGAUCGCAUUCUGGGGUUGUUUGCAGACUGCUUUUUGACCCUGCAACCGGUGUUCUUCCCGCUUUUUGCAUUCCAUUGGACUACGUUGAUCUGCCAUCGGUAUUUCAUGCCAAAGUUGCUCAUGACGUCUAAGGGCCAGCCCAUCUUCACCAAGCUUUUGUGUAUCUACCUUAGCUGGAUCGGUAUGCUCUUGAAGGAACACCAGCCUCUCCAGGGCGUGGUCAAAAUCCUCCACCAAGGGGCAUUGAGACUGCUUCUUGUCCUGCAUCACGACUUCCCGACCUACCUGGCGGAGUAUUACUUCCCUAUUGUGGAUGCAAUCCCAACCGAGUGCACUCAGCUUCGCAACCUGGUUUUGAGCACAUUGCCCCCCACCCUCGCAGAAUUCCCGGAUCCUUUUGCGACUGGAUUGAAUGUCAAGUCCCUUCCCGCGAUUAAGGAUUCCCCUACUAUCUGCGGGGAUGUCAGCGGUGCAUUACAGAAGGCGGACUUGAAAGAUUUCGUUGAUAGCAUCAUUCACGGUAGCCAAGAGCCAGCUGGCGAUGUGCUCGCUGCCAUUGUCGAAGCGCUCGAAUUUCCACCUGCUUCUGGUGCAGUUGCGGUAAAUGUCGGCGCGAUGAACAGCUUGAUGCUGUAUGUAGGUUUAGACGCCAUACAGAGUGCCGAAUCCCAAGGAUUGGCCAUCUUCCAGCCCGAGGGUGCUCAUGCAGCAUUGCUUUCUCACGUUGCCAUGGCCUUGAAGCCCUACGGACGCCACUUCUUCCUGAGCGCCGCCGCAAACCACCUCCGAUACCCCAGCAGCCACACCUACUACUUCCACUGCCUGAUCCUUCACAUUUUCGACUUUGCUGGCGGGCUUCCCCAGGAGGAGCGAGUGCGAGAGCAGGUUACACGGGUUUUGGUAGAGCGCUUAGUAGUUCAUCGACCCCACCCUUGGGGCCUGAUCAUUACACUACUUGAGCUUUUCCGGAGCCGUGAGCAAGAGUUUUGGAAUUUGCAGGCUGUCGCUCAAGCCCCUGAAAUUGCUCGUCUCUUCAGCGCAGUUUUGCCAUAG